GCCCAGUGCAUUAAUCUUCUUCUUCCCUGCCUAUUUCUUCUCUCUCUUCUGCAAUUCUUCCCUGCCUAUUUUCUUCUCUUCCUCCUGCGCAUUUCUUCUCCCUCCCUUACCUAUCUUCUUCUCCUUCCACCUGCGCAUAGGAACAAUAAACUUACAAGCUCACUCAUAGGCAUCUCUGCCACCGCCGUGAAGGCCACCGCCGCUGCUGCCGCAGUCGCAAUGGCCACCUCCUCUGCUGCUGCCGUCACGAAGGCCACCACCACUGCUGUCGCCGGAGAUAAACUUUUCUUCUCCGACGUAGAUCUGCUUCUCUUCUCUGAUUGUUCUGCUCCAUUUCUUCUUUGAUUGCAAAAUGCCAAGUUAAAUCUCAAAAUGCCAUCAAAAUGGCAUUUUUAGUCUUAAAAAAUUUUGUGUUUUCAUUUGAAAAUGCCUUUAAGAUGGCAUUCUGAUAAAAAUCUUGGCAUUUACGCCGGAAUCGGGUAGAUCCGCAACUGUGAAGGUCAAAUUUGUAGCGGUGGAUGCCAGAGUAGUUGCGAAGGUGGCUGGAUCUGAAGGGACAGCGGCCGACGGCCGACGGAGGCUCAAUCUGGCCAGAUCUCCGGCGGCGCCCGCCAGAUCUGCAACGGCGGUGGGCAGAUCUGCAACGGCGGCCAAUUUUUGAAGUUGUCGGCGAUGUUCGGCGACCGGCGGAGACUGGCGGCGACCGGCGGCGACCGGCGGCGAAUGGCGGCGACCGGCGAGUGGCUAUGGUCCAGUGUUGUGGUCUGCGGGAGUAUGGCUUGGCCAAGCUUGGGGGUAUUUUUUGUCUAAUUGCAAACAAUAACUCUUAUUUGGGGAAUUUGUGAACUUUGGUCUUAUUUUGGCAAUUAAAGACUGAUUUACUCCUAUUUAGGUAAAUACCUCAUAAAAUUACCGUGCAAAUGCACGGGUACACAAACUAGUAUUCAAUAAUACGGAG